GAUUGACAAAUGUAAAUUUCAUUUAUAAACAUAUUUUUGUGAGAAAACAUUUCAAUUAAACUUGUGUGAAUAUUUAAUUGCUUUAAAAAUGAGUUCGCCUACUAGCAAAAGUAAUAACGAUGUGAGUGCAGCAAAACAACGGAAAUCGUCUAAAACGAGUUCAAAUACUAAGUCUACAAGCUUGGAUACGCGCGCAGAAUUAGCCGAUCUUAUUAAGAAAAAGGCAGAAACAUCGGAUCAACUAGCAAAUUUAGAACGACAAAUAUAUGCAUUUGAAGGAUCAUACCUCGAAGAUACACAGCUUUGUGGCAAUAUAAUUCGUGGAUGGGAACGAUAUCUCACGUCAAACAAAGCUACAAAUUCCAAAGCGGACAAAAGAAAUAGAAAAUUCAAGGAAGCGGAGCGACUAUUUUCGAAAUCAAGCAUUACAUCUAUGGCAAUAUGUAACCCUGAACGUGCUAGUGAAUCAGAUUCCAUAACUAAUGAAGACUCCAGCGAUAAUCAAAUAACAAUGAACCAAAAUACCACUACAGCGCACGACGGUACCUCCUCGAUAAAAACAGCCGGUAAAGAGGAGAAACCCGUGGAUCGAGCAGGAACACCUACUCCGCAGCGCGAUAUUAUGAAAGAUCCCAACACUCCCAGUGCAAACACUAGUUCAAAAAAUAAACUAUCCAACAAUUCUAGUAUAUCGGCUAAAAAAAGUGGUCAUAUUAAUAAAAAAAUUAGACACCGAUGAUUUACGGGAAAACCACGAUAUUUUCGAAAUACUUAAUUCAAUAACAUCGUAUGUCAGCAAAUUGCUUUUGAAAAUCCAUAAUUUACGUAAUUUAUUCAGCUACUAUAACAUAAAUUCCACAUUUUGGACAGGAGACACUAUUCAUCCAAUUCAUUAUAUUAGAAAUAUAUAUUCUACAUUUAUAAGUUAUAAAUUACAAUGUCAAAUAAAUACAAUAAUAAUAUAACUCAAAAUACUACGAAAUAAAUUACCAAUCCAAUAAUAAGUAGUGUAAUACACAUUCCUCCUAA